AUGAGCAGUUGGCUCAGGCCAGCCGCCUCCAGCCACUCCAUGCAGGUGGUGAGACCACAGCGCGCCAGACUGUGGCCACGCGUCUCCCGUGGUGGGAAGAGCACCGCUGUCGUGCUCCCGCGUACGUACACCACCAGCCAGUGUGCUGCGCCACGCCCACCCUCGGCAGCCAAAAUGGCCUCCAUCGCGGUGGCUGAGGCCAAACUCUCCACCUCCACCAGAUCCACGCACUCCGGCUCCUCAGUCAAUUUGAGGCUGCCGCUACCACCGCCACCGCCACUGCCGCUGCCACUCGUGUCGAAGGCAAAGAAAGCGUCCUCCUCGGUGCCGUACACCAACGAGGGGGUCAGCACUUCUGCAGCAAGGCUAGCUCCUUCAUCGCCACCACCAUCAUCACCACUACCACCUCUGCCUGACCACUUGGAAAUCCUUGCCUCCGUGCCGAAGGAUGACGCCGAGUUAGCAAGACACCUGGAAGCUUGGCGAAAGAGCGGCGGUGCAGGGAGGAAGUGGCUCGUCUACUCGCCUGCUCCUGCCACAGCCGUCAUCGUUCUGCCUCCUCCUCCUCCACCACCACCGCCAUCAUCACCAUUCCCUCAAAGUGAAGUUGAGGGCGGUAGCGGCAGUAGUGGUGGUGGUGGUGGUGGUGGGAGCAUGGUGCGUCGAGGAGAGAUCCUCACCUGUCUGGAGUGGCUGGAGGCCGUGGGCGUUGUCAGUGUUGUUGCGGCUGUCGACAGGGCUUUCGGUGAUCUCGUCAAGUCCCUCAUGUUCAUUGGCUUCAGUGCACUCUCCUCUGCAUCAGCUUAUUGCACGAGGACCGUUGCUCCCUUCGUCAAGGACUUCGCUCUUCUCAAAGCUGAUCUCGUCGACUCUUGA